UAAGUAUAAAAACCAUACAAAGGGAUGCAAGUUUGCCAGCAGCAGCAACAAUGAAAUACAUCUUAUUAGUUGUGAUCUGGGUUCUUACCCUAUUUAAAGGUUAUGACUUGUCUGCUGGGUGGGUUAACCGAGACUAUUCACAGUCCACUUUUGAUCUGGAUCGGGAUGUCCUUACCCAAGUGUUCAAGCGUUCAAUGACUGAUGUCUCACCAGCAAGAGAAAACCAUCAUACCUGCAAAACAUGGGGAACAGGAUCAUUCAAGGCAUUUAACAAUGAAGCUUUCUAUUUUGCAUCAACCUGUGACUUCGUGAUGAGCAGGCUAUGCAAACCUGGGCUUGAUGAUUAUGAGGUGAAGAUCCAACGAGGAUCAAAUGGGAACCUGGAGAAGAUAUACAUUAAAAUUGAUAGCACCGUGAUUGUUGUGAAGGAUGGUGUAAUUAAGGUUAAAGACGAAAUAGUAAACUUGCCAUAUGACAACAAGCUGAUCAAAAUUCAUAAUCAAGGACUUAACACCAGAUUUUCAAAUAAGAAGAAUUCCAUUGUCCUGAUCUGGAACGGUAAAGAUACAUUGUCGCUCAAACUUCACCCUAAAUACAGUGAAAAAGUUUGCGGACUCUGUGGAGACUAUGAUAAGAAGGGAAAAUCAAAACUGAAAUUUAAAAGCGUGACUGAGGUCUCACUUCGGGAUCACUCUGUUACGCCUGGCAAUUGCCAAAUUAAUGUACCUGAUAAUAAAUUAAACUGCAAAUCAGCCCAGGUUUGCCUGGAGACCAUCUCAGAACAUCUUUUUUCCUGUGAUGGUUAUCAAACCUACGAGAGUUUAUGCAGAUUGGACACGUGUACUUUUCCAAACAAUCCUCAUGGUCACUGCCCUAGUUUACAAGACCUUGCACAUCACUGCAAACCUAGGGGGAAAUGGAGAGUCACCUCAGGAUGUGAAAAUCCUAAAUGCCCUGAAAAUCAGAUCUACAAUGAUUUUGGUCAACAAUUUAUUCCAACGUGUACUGAUCCAGAUCCUCAAAAGAAAGAUACUUUUGAAAAUACUUGUGAAUGUCCAAAAGACACUGUUCUUGAUAACAUAAGACACAACAACAAAUGCAUCAGAAAAUCAGAUUGUCCAUGUGAGUACAGUGGAAAGGUUUAUGAUGCUGGAGAAGAAAGAAACACUUCUUGUGAAACAUGUUCUUGCAACAGUGGGCUUUGGGAAUGUACUGAAAAGCGUUGCUCCAGGAUUUGCAAAGUGGAAGAAGGAACACAUAUUACAACAUUUGAUGGGAAAUAUUAUAAUUUAAGAGGGGAUUGCACAUACUUUGCAGUUUAUGGAGUUUUCUGGACAGUGAAGAUUGAGAUGCAUUUAUGCCACAAAGCAACUAACCAGAUAUGCUUACGGCGUGUUAUAUUUUCCAAGGAUAAGACCACAUAUGAAUUCAAUAACAAUGGUGACGUUACUCUGGAUGGAGAAAAUGUUGCACUUCCACUGAAAAGGGAUGGAACUAUAAUAUUUAAACCGUCUUCACAUUUCAUUCAAUUUGAAACAACACAUGGGUUGGCAAUGCAAAUACAAAUUUCUCCCAUCAUGCAGCUUUACAUUUCGCUGCUGGAUGAUAAAAAACGAAGUUUAAGAGGCUUGUGUGGCGACUUUAAUGGCAAGGCUUCUGAUGACUUCAUGUCUAUACAGAACGUGGUGGAACAAUCACAUGUCCAGUUUGCUCAUUCAUGGGCAGUUGAGUCUAAAUGCAGCCCUCCUGAAAAGGAAAAUCCAACUUGUGUCAGUUCAGAAAAAGAAUACUACGCAAAGCAACACUGUUCCAUGUUGAAAAACGACCAAAGUGUUUUUGCUCAGUGUCAUUCCACAGUAGAUUACAUUCAAUACUAUCAGAUGUGCAAGAUUUCCAUAUGCAACUGUCAGAAUCUUGAUCACUGUAUCUGUGCUGCACUGGGGGCAUAUGUUCAUGCAUGUGCUGCAAGAGAUGUCAUACUGAAAGGUUGGACUCGAGGAAUUUGCAAUACAACCUGUGAGAACAACCAAGUUUUUGACAAUGAAAUGACAACCUGUAACCGGAACUGCAGAUCACUGGCAAAAGCUGAUUUCACUUGUGAUGUGAAGGAUACUCCAGUUUAUGGCUGUGGCUGCCCUAAGGGCAAGUACAUGAAUGAAAAGAGAGCCUGUGUUGAUAAGGGAGACUGUUCGUGUUAUCACAAGGGCACAUAUAUUCAACCUGGAGAGAAAGUUGAUGAUUGCUAUUGCCAAGGUGGAUCAAUUAUUUGCAAUCCAAUUACUGAAACCACUGCUACUCCCACAGUAUGUACGAAUGGAAAGGAACUUCUUCGUUGUUCCCCUUCUGGAAAUCAGACUCACUGUGGAAAGAAAUGCAGUAACCUGGCAUUACCAUGUCCAGACAAAUGUGUACCUGAAUGUAUUUGUCCUGAAGGUGAAGCUGAAGAUAACAGAGGAAACUGUGUUUUGACUGAAGACUGCCCUUGUUUGUAUGGAGGAAAUAGUUAUGCCAAAGGAAAAGUUAUCCAUAUUGAUUGCAACAAAUGCACAUGCCAGGGUGGAUUAUGGAGCUGUACUAAAAAGUCUUGUCCAAAGACCUGUCAAGUUUAUGGUGAAGGUCAUUACGUAACUUUUGAUGAUAAGCGAUUCACAUUUGAGGGUAAUUGUGAAUACGUAUUUGUUCAGGACCAUUGCAAUGGAAAACAUGGAACUUUUCAAGUACUCAUAGAAAGUGUUCCUUGCUGUGAAAAUGGAGUGACAUGUGCAAGAAAUAUUAAGAUUAUUUCUCAGGGAGAAGAACUAAUUUUGGAAGAUGGGAAAGUAAAAGAGUCUAGUGAAAAUUCCACUUUAAGUUGCCCAGGUUAUGAUUCCUAUUCACUUCACACUGUUGGGCUUUAUUUAAGCCUUACAUUUUCCAAUGGAAUCAAUGUAAUUUGGGACAAGCACACAAGACUUUCAGUCACUCUAGAUGAAAGCUGGAAGAACAAAGUGUGUGGUCUCUGUGGAAACUUCAAUGAUGACAGCGAAGAUGAACUAAAAACAAAAUCUAACUCAAUGGCAAGCAAUUCCGUUGAGUUUGGAAACAGUUGGAAGUCUACAGAUUCCUGCUCCAGUUCAGUGAAUCAAACUUUCCCUUGUGAGGAAAACCCAUUUUGUUCUCCAUGGGCAGAAAAAAAAUGUUCCAUCAUUAAUAGUCAGGAGGGAGUGUUUCGACAAUGUCACAAUAAGGUUGACCCUGACCCAUACUAUGAUGCUUGUCUCAAGGAAGCUUGUGCCUGUGAUAAGGAGGGAAAGUAUCUGGGUUUCUGUACUGCUGUAGCAGUAUAUGCAGAGGCUUGUAAUAAAGCUGGUGUUUGUAUUCGCUGGAGAACACCUGAACGAUGUCCUGUAUACUGUGACUACUAUAAUAGCGACAAUGAAUGCAGUUGGCACUACCAGCCAUGUGGAACAUUAACAGCUAAAACAUGUUCAGAUCACUCAGUUCGAAAAAAGCUCUCUGCAGUUUUUGAAGGUUGCUACCCAAAAUGCCCAGAGACAGCUCCUUAUCUGGAUGAAAAUAUCAUGAAAUGUGUCAACCUAUCUCAGUGCACCUGUUAUCACAAUGGUCAAAUAUAUAAUGCAAUGGAAACAAUAAAUGAUUGUCAAGACUGUGUAUGCCAUUAUGGAAAGAUCGAAUGUGAAUUUACCACGACACCAACUACAACCACCACAACACAAAGUACAAGUGUGACAAGUCCAACAACGUCUCUGACCACGACAUCUUCAACAUCACCAACAACAUUUACAACACCAACGUCCCCCACAACAACUCCAACCACAACAUAUACAACACCACCAACUCCAACCACAACAACAACCACAACUCCAACCACAUCCCCAACUCCAACCACGACAGCAACUCCAACCACAACAUAUACAACAUCAACAAUAACUCCAACCACAACACCAACCACAACAUAUACAACAACAUCAACAACUCCAACCACAACAACCACAACUCCAACCACAAUAUAUACAACAUCAACAACAACUCCAACCACAACACCAACCACAACAUAUACAACAUCAACAACAACUCCAACCACAACAACCACAACUCCAACCACAAUAUAUACGACACCAACAACUCCAAUCACAACAACGACUCCAACCACAUCCCCAACUCCAACCACAACAGCAACUCCAACCACAACACCAACCACAACAUCAACAACUCCAACCACAACAACAACCACAACAUAUACAACAUCAACAACAACUCCAACCACAACACCAACCACAACAUAUACAACAACAUCAACAACUUCAACCACAACAACAACCACAACUCCAACCACAAUAUAUACAACACCAACAACUCCAACCACAACAACAACGACUCCAACCACAUCCCCAACUCCAACCACAACAGCAACUCCAACCACAACACCAACCACAACAUCAACAACUCCAACCACAACAACAACCACAACAUAUACAACAUCAACAACAACUCCAACCACAACACCAACCACAACAUAUACAACAACAUCAACAACUUCAACCACAACAACAACCACAACUCCAACCACAAUAUAUACAACACCAACAACUCCAACCACAACAACAACGACUCCAACCACAUCCCCAACUCCAACCACAACAGCAACUCCAACCACAACACCAACCACAACAUAUACAACAUCAACAACAACUCCAACCACAACACCAACCACAACAUAUACAACAUCAACAACAACUCCAACCACAUCAUCAACAACUCCAACCACAAUAUAUACAACAUCAACAACUCCAACCACAAUAUAUACAACAUCAACAACUCCAACCACAUCCCCAACUCCAACCACAACAGCAACUCCAACCACAACACCAACCACAACAUAUACAACAUCAACAACAACUCCAACCACAACACCAACCACAACAUAUACAACACCAACAACUCCAACCACAUCCCCAACUCCAACCACAACACCAACCACAACAUAUACAACAUCAACAACAACUCCAACCACAACACCAACCACAACAUAUACAACAACAUCAACAACAACUCCAACCACAUCAUCAACAACUCCAACCACAAUAUAUACAACAUCAACAACUCCAACCACAACAACAACAACGACUCCAACCACAUCCCCAACUCCAACCACAACAGCAACUCCAACCACAACACCAACCACAACAUAUACAACAUCAACAACAACUCCAACCACAACACCAACCACAACAUAUACAACAACAUCAACAACCACCCCAACCACAUCAUCAACAACUUCAACCACAAUAUAUACAACGACACCAACAACGACUCCAACCUCAACAACAACUUCAACUUCUACAACACUGACCACAACAUCAAUUCCUUGUGCAGGUGAUUGGACAGACUGGAAAAAUAGCAACAAACCCAAUGUGACAAACCCAGGAGAUCGUGAAUCACCGGAGGGUCUCUGUAAUCCCAAUCAUUCACCCGAAAACGUUCAGUGUCAAGCUAUUAAGUACCCCACCAAACCAAUCUACGAAACAAGUAGCAACGUGUCUUGUGCCUUGCCGGAAGGCCUUGUAUGCACCCCGUCAUCCAAUGAAUUCAUGUGCCCUGACUACAGAAUUAGAGUAUGUUGUGUCUUCAUCAGCACAACAUCUCCAGCAACCACAACUCCAACAACCAGCACAACUGUUUCAGCUACAACACCAACAACCACAACAGUAACAACCACAACUCCAACAACCAGCUCAACAACUAUUUCAACCACAGCUCCAACAACCACUCCAACAACUUCAAUAACCAGCACAAUUGUUUCAACUACAACACCAACAACCACAACAGUAACAACCACAACUCCAACAACUUCAACAACCAGCACAACUCUUUCAACUACAACACCAACAACCACAACAGUAACAACCACCCCAACAACCACAACUCCAACAACCAGCACAACUGUUUCAACUACUACAACACCAACAACCACAACAGUAACAACCACCCCAACAACCACAACUCCAACAACCAGCACAACUGUUUCAACUGCUACAACACCAACAACCACAACAGUAACAACCACAACUCCAACAACCAGCACAACUGUUUCAACUGCUACAACACCAACAACCACAACAGUAACAACUGCCCCAACAACCACAACUCCAACAACCAGCACAACUGUUUCAACUGCUACAACACCAACAACCACAACAGUAACAACCACCCCAACAACCACAACUCCAACAACCACUCCAACAACUACAACACCAACAACCACAACAGUAACAAUCACAACUCCAACAACCAGUUCAACAACUAUUUCAACCACAGCUCCAACAACCACUCCAACAACUUCAAUAACCAGCACAAUUGUUUCAACUGCAACACCAACAACCACAGCAGUAACAACCACAACUCCAACAACCACUCCAACAACUUCAAUAACCAGCACAACUGUUUCAACUACAACACCAACAACCACAACAGUAACAACCACCCCAACAACCACAACUCCAACAACCAGCACAACUUUUUCAACUACUACAACACCAACAACCACAACAGUAACAACCACCCCAACAACCACAACUCCAACAACCACUCCAACAACUACAACACCAACAACCACAACUCCAACAACCAGCUCAACAACUAUUUCAACCACAGCUCCAACAACCAGCACAACUGUUUCAAGUACAACACCAACAACCACAGCACCAACAUCCACCUCAAUAAGUACAACUCCGACAACUCCCCCAACAACCACAUGUCCCUGCAAAGUGAACGAAACUCAACAGUGCACUGGGACAUGGACUGAAGACUGUUCUAUUAAACAAUGUAAAGGUAGACAAACUGUAACUAUAAAAAAAUGUGGAAAUGAAAAGCCUACAUGUGCCAACAAUUUAAAGCCCAUUGAAGUAAUAAAUGAAUGUGGCUGCUCAAGUUGGGAAUGUGGAUGUGAAUGUGAGGUGUAUGGUGACCCACAUUAUAUGACCUUCAAUGGGCUGUCUUAUAGUUUUUACAAGAAUUGCACAUACGUGCUUAUGGAAGAACGGAAUCCAAAAUACAACUUGCGUGUUCUAGUAGAUAAUUACUUCUGCUUUCCUAGUGCACCUAAUUCAUGUCCAAAAGGGUUAAUCAUUUUUUACAAAAAUGUUCAUCUCACCAUUUCAACCCAUGAUGAUGAUGUGUUAACGAUUAACAAAAUUCAACAAGGAAUUCCCCAUACAAGAGAUGGAAUAAGGAUAACUAAACUGCCCAGUGGAAGUGUAAAUAUUUACUUCACUCACAUUCAAACAACAAUCAUUGCUGACCGGUUUGAUUUUAAGAUAAGAGUGCCAGAAAAAUUCUUCUUUAAUAAUACCCAGGGGCAGUGUGGCACUUGUACAGAUGUUCCUGAUGAUGACUGCAUGAGACCAAAUGGGACAAAAGAGCAUACUGACUGCUGUUCCACAACAGCAUUAGAUUGGAAAUACGAUGACCCCAAUAAGCCAUAUUGUAAAUCAGCUCCGAAAGAUGAGAGUUGUGUUAAACCCACUCCCACACCCUGCAUUGCCACUGAUUCUCUAUGUGAGAUCAUUUUACAAAAACCAUUUGAAAAUUGCACAAAGAAUCAGCUUAAGCCUUAUUAUGAUAGUUGCGUAACGGACUACUGUCUAACAAACUCUACAGGGCUUGCUUGUUCCACCAUAAAAUCUGCUGCUGAACGUUGUAGCACAUGUGUCGACUGGAGAUCCACUAUAGAUGAAUGCAAAAUGAAAUGCAAUGAAAAUCUUGUUUACAAGGCUUGUGCUCAGAAAUCUGAUGAUUAUUGUCAGAACAAUUCAGUAAUAGAUGGGGGAAAUCUACUUUCUUAUCAAGAAGGCUGUUUCUGUCCAACUGGAAUGAUGAAAUCUGAAGACAAGACAAAAUGUGUUUCAACAUGUUGUCUGGACAAUAAUGGAGUACGAAGAAAGCUAAAUGACAAGUGGCAGGAUCAGAACAAUCCUUGUAUUUCCUACACAUGCACUUCAAAGGGCGUUACAACACAGACAAGGUCUUGUGGUAUUGAACCUCCUUGCAACGAGUCUAACAAAACAUGGGAUGAUGAGCACUGCUGCUACAGCUGUACGCCUUCAGGUUCUUGUAAGCUGAACACCAGACGAACCAAUGUCACAAAAGAAAUCAACAGUACAACCUAUACAGCAGAAAUUGAACUGAACAUAUGUCAAGGGAAUUGCCCUGGCUCAGCUGAAUACAACACUCAGACAGACCAAAUUGAACAUAAAUGUGAGUGCUGUCAAGAAAUAAGGACCGAAGUUAAGAAGGUGCAACUUGCUUCCCAAGAUGGUAGAGUAAAAAUUCCGUACAGCUACACCUACAUCAAGUCCUGUGGCUGUAAGGGGGACAUCUGUCCUGAGUAUGCUGCAAAAAAGCCACAUAACAAAGUGCUUUUCUAGAUGAUGGAGCCUAAUGCUGAAUCCAAUCCGCUAUUACCUUUUGAUAAAAAUUAUAAUUCAUUACAUUUGGCCAAUCACAUUAUGCUUAGAAAGAAUGACUUCAAAUUGAUUUUCAAACCUGCAGCAUUGUUACGUUGUUCUAUGAAUUUCUUUAUUUGUACUUAAUUGCUAAAG